GGACUUCGGAACCCGCGAGCGCGUCUCCGCUGGACCCGGAGCCCCGGCCGGUCCGUUUCCCGCGAGGAUGCGCGCCCUGGCGGCCCUGGACGCGCCCCUGGGCGAGCGGCUACUUCCCCGGGACCCCGAGGCUCCCCGCGACCCCGACGCCGCGCGGCCAGCGCGCAGGACCGCAGUGGAGAGGCUGGCGGCCGAUCGCGCCAAGUACGUGCGGGGCCCGGGGGCGGGCCGGGGCACAGCUUCCGAGGGCAGCGGCCCCGGAGCGGUCAAGUGCCCGGGGACCGACCCUGGGCCCCCGGCCCGCGCCCCCGCCCCGGUGGCGCGCAGGGCUAUUGCGCGGAAGCCGCUGAGGCCCGACUCGCUGAUCAUCUACCGCCAGAAAUGCGAGUUCGUGCGAGGACCGGGCGCCGACGGCCGCAGGGCGAGCCUGGUGAAGAAGCUCUUCCAGGGGCCGGGCAAGGACAAGGCGCCGCUGCCCCCCGAGACUCCCCGAACGGGCGACGGGGGCAAGGCCGGGAACCUGGAGGCCGUCCCGACCGAGCCUGGUCCCGCAGCGGCCCCCGCGCCCCCAGCCCCCUCCGCGCGCUCCGGCCCCGCUGCGCCCUCCCCGGCCCCGGCCGCGCCCCCUGGCCCAGAGCCGCGCGUGGUGAGGCGGCGGGGGCUGCAGCGCUCGCAGUCGGACCUCAGCUCGCGCUACUCCGCCGCCCUGGAGUCCGACACCUUCUUCGCGUACUGCGGCCUGGACCCCGAGGUGGUGGAGGCCCUGGGCAGGGAGAACUUCACGGCGGGGUCGGACCGCGUGACCCUCAAGGUGCGCAGCGUGAGCGUCGCCACCUCCGGCAGCGGCUUCUCCCGGCACAGCGGCGGCGGCGACGACGGGCUGCAGGAGGAGGAGCUGAUGGAGCAGGUGCCCAGCACCACCUCGGUGGUCGAGAGGAACGCCCGCAUCAUCAAGUGGCUGUACACCUGCAGGAAGGCCAAGGAGACCCCCGGCCAGGGGCUGCAGGGGCCGGCGUGACCGCCUGCGCCGGAGCGGAGCGGGGCCCAAGGAAGCAAACCUUCCAGAUGAUGAAGACUUCUUGAAGCAUUUCAUGGGUGACUUGGGAUCCCAG